UUGUUCAAUUAAAUUCUAAAAUGGCUUUUCCCCAUAUAUUUCGAAGAGUUUUACAUCAAAAAUUUCUAUUUUUGACAAUUUUUUUCUUUACUUGUCUUCUUAGUAUUGUACGUUUCAGACCACCUGAUAUUGAUCACUAUGAUAUAGUAAUCGAUUAUAAUAUAAAUCAAUUACUGAAUAUUACCAGUUUUAAGUAUUUACUUAAAACGGAACAAUGUCAGAAUUACGAAUACGAAAAGCCUUUGCUCGGAAUUCUUAUCGUGACUUCACUUGUAAAGCAUAACAAAUUACGUAUGGCACAUCGUAAUGCUUUACCACAAUGUAAAUUAGCUGAAUUGGGUUUUCAACGCAUAUUUUUGCUUGGCGAUAUUCCCCCCAAUGAAAUUCCGGUGAGCACAUCAGUACUACAACAUGAACAAAAUCGUUUUGGUGACUUGUUACAGGGAAACUUUUAUGAUACAUACCAUAAUUUGACAUAUAAGCACGUUAUGGGUUUGCGGUGGGCGAGCAAUGAAUGUAGAAGAGCAAAAUUUAUUAUAAAACUUGAUGAGGACAUCAUUUACGAUGUUUACUAUCUACAAAGCUACUUAAAGGCGUUAUUGGAACAUGAAUUGAAACUGAGCACAUCAAAUCGUCUACUAUCGGGUGUUAUUAUUGUUGCAAGUCAACCAAUACGUUAUCUUGGUUCGAAAUGGCUUGCUCCACCGGAGGAAUUUUCAUCUAGCAUUUAUCCAUACUAUAUAUCAGGGUAUUGUUAUGUAACCAAUGCGUUAACUGCAAAACGUUUAGUUGGAGAAGCAGCAGAGACGCCAUUCUUUUGGAUAGAUGACGCUUGGGUGAUUGGUAUAAUAAAAAAAUAUCGACUUGAAAUACCGCUGCAAUCAAGAUUUGUAUCCACUCAUUAUUCAAUAGCUUUGAAUAAUUGCUGUGAGAAGUAUUUAACUAAGUAUGGAUAUAAUUGUGAGUAUAAAAUCGGUAUUGCUAACAUAUACGAUACGGAAACAGUUGUCCAAUUUCAAAAAUCUUUGGAAUUGUGUUAUUAUAAUAAUGUGUAAGAACUUUAAGAUGAACGUGAAGUU